ACUUGAUUCUUUAUGAUACAAUCAGUCUUUCGGCUAAUUUUACAUUCCUACGUGACAGCAACAGAAGAGACAUAUUUAUAUCCUAUCAGGACAAAAGUGCACUGAACUGUCCAAAUUACGAUUUUGAUUUUAAAAUUUGCGCCAGAGCAAGGAUCUGCUUGGACAAAAGUUCGAGCCACGCCCAAUGUGCACUCGAACUCGGCAAGCACAACAAAACAUAUACGAUGCAAAGUGGCAAUAAAAAAGGCGAGACGGGCAUAAGCCAACUCUGCUGCCAGAGACAAAGAUGAGCACAUACUUAAUAUUCGCGGGCUUUCAAGACGACUUCCCGCACGCGUGCAGACGAUUCGCGCGUUUUUGCUUGAAGUAUUACUAUGUGUGAGUAUACGCGCGCGCUACUUUUGUUUUUAUUGUAAAUAGCGUUCAAAACUACUAAUAGAUUUUUCUAGAUUUAUCGCGACUGUUAUCUUUUUUGUCCGAGUAAUCGUCCUUGAUGCAUUUCUCUCCUUUUACUCACACAAAGAAAGCUCAUUUGUGAUAAUGCACUUGUUCGAAAUAUUUAAAAGUUACUUGUAGGUAUGGAGUAUAGAUGGCGUAGAUGCUUGCAGAUGCUAGUUAUCUUUCUCUGUGCCUGUCAGUGCACGUUUGACCGGCCGUCUCUUGAUAAAGUUCAUUUUUGUCAGUGCAACAGGAAAACAAAAAUGGGUUAUCCAUCAAGUGGAAUUAUGAGACCUAAUAGAUCUCAGAUCGAUGAUGUUACCCUACAAUCAGUAAUAGCCAGAACAGAUUCUACACCAUCGCCAACUAUUCCUUACGUUUUACCUGGCGUCCCUGGUCCAUCAAAUCAUCAAACCAGAAUACCUGAUUAUAGCCAUCGUGGAUUAAAACGUUCAAUAAAUGUGGAUGCGCAACUUCAUUUAGAAUCCCAAGUUGUAACCCAAAUACCUAAAAACAACGAAAAUAUCAAAAGACUGAAAUGCCCAGUAGCUAUAGUGGUGAAUCAAAAUUCCGAGGUAGCAAUAAUGGCUUCAAAAACUCAUUCAAGUGUAUCAAACCAACAAGAACAAAACAACAAUGUACCUUUAAAAAAAAGACGAGUUGAAAAAGCCAUUUAUGACGGUGAACAAAUACUAACUCAAUCUAAAAAAAGUGGCGAAGUUCGAAUUCGUAAUGAAAUAGCACCAAAUAAAAUACUUGCAUCAAAAACAAUUUUUGACACCUUCGAAAACUUAAAAGUGUUUUUACAAGCCAUGACUUUGAAAAGUAAAGAGAAAGAAUUAAGGAAAUGUAAAAAGAGGUAUAAUGAAAAUGAAUAUACAACGGAUCUAGACGAACAAAUUAAGGAUCUUGAAAAACACAUAAAGGCCUGCAAAAAAAUUAGGAAGAAUAUUGUCGAAAAAUUGUCAUCCCCAACAAUGGGUAAAUUAAAGUGCAACACAUGCAGUGUUAAAUACAACAAUGACUCUACCUUCAUUACGCAUGUAUUGAAUUGUCACCGUGAAAAGAUAGUGGAAAAUUGUAAGAGGGCUGAAGAUGAGGAACGCCCAAGAAAUUCGGCUAGGAUUUAUGCAAGAACCUCAGAAACAAUCGAAUUUGCCGAAUCCGAAGACGAUGCAGCCUCGACAUUAAGCUCUGUUUUUCACAGUCCCAGUAGUCAAAUUAGUUUAACUACUCCACAAGAUCGUUCCAGAAACGAGCACGUGUACGCGCCAUUAUUAAGCGAUGAGCCGCGACCAAGUACUAGUAACCCAACUGAUACCAAUUUUUUGGAAAUCGAACCAAUAGAUAGAGUCAACACUCGUGCCAGUAAUAAAACCGCAGGUCCUGCGCCAUCUAUUUCAAAUGAAGAUAUCGAGACCGAAGUUGAAGAUAUGUACAUGGUUCUUCGAAAACCUAUAAAUCUAUUUGGUAGCGAAUCGUUUGAUUUGUUUGAGAAAGAAAGUAAAAAAAUUAAAUCAUGGCUUAAGAAGUCAAAUAAAUCGCCAGAAACUGUUGACCAAAGAAAUUCGAAAAAAAAUAAGAAAAAUAAAAAGUCUCACUCUCAUAAUAAUACAAUAGAUGACGAUGCACCCAUGAAGCGCUAUUAUAUGGCAGUGAUUUAUUCAGAAGAUGAAUUAAAUCAAAUAAAACAUUGCUAUAAUCUAAAUCCGAACUCAGCCUCUUUAUGCCAGAAUUGUCUUCUAAACCUAGUAAAAUAUCAGGCAAACGCUUAUGCUCAAAGCAAUAAAGCUUUCAAAGAGCAAGAGAAAAUUGUAAAUAACAAAGCAUUGAAUCCAAAGCAUAAAAAAGAAUUGUUAAAAGAAUUAUAUAAAAAGGACGACUACAGGCUUAUCAGAAAGCGUUUGGAGACUUUACGAAAACAUAGACAAACGUUCGACUUGAUAACAGAUUUAAUAAGAUUCAGUGUUAAAUAUUUCAAGAUGUUUGAAACAUCUUUUAACGAUAAAAUGUUCCAAGAAAGCGUUAAAUUAAUCGUACGCCAAAAUAAAAAGUUUAAAUUUGGCUUAUUUUGCGGUAAGCUAAUGGAUGACAUAGCGAAUGAGUUUCUUGUACAUGUUACGGUGACUUGCAUGAAUUUUGCAUACAACGAUAAAAGAAUAACGUUAACAGAAGAACACCUACGUAAAUAUCAAUUGCUUUUUGAAACUACAAACAAAGACGCAACCUAUUUUGAGCCAUUUCCAUCAGUUCUGAGAAAACGCAUUAAAACAAAAUAUAGCAACUAUUUACCGACUAGCAAAAAUUUAGAAAUAAUAAUCAUAGACUGUCUACUGAGAUACAGCUUUUGCGAUAUAAAUUCGCUUCAUGAAAACUUAGACAAGUUAAUUUUUGAACAUCUGAAAUCACCGCAGCCUAUAUUUAAAUUUUUGAUGUACAUGAAAUUUUCAAGGCCUUACUUGACAUCAUUAAACGGGUUAUUAUUAAGAUUUCUAUCGAAGGUUGCAAUCCAGGUAUUGCAAUUGAAGAAAGAUUCAAAUUCCGGCUACGAAGUAAGUUAUAAUGAAUUGAUCGAAGCAUGCGAGAUAGUAGGAGUUUUUAGUUCAAGCUACACUAAUUAUCUAAAGCGUUCGUAUGGGCAAUAUUAUGCAGAAUUGCGUCGCCGAUUGGCUAAUACUAUUACGGAUUUAACAAGGGAUUACUCUUAUAAUAAAUUGCAAUAAAGGUAACAAACAUUAA